GAUAAAUGCUAUAACGCUGCAAGUGUCGGAGUAUUGAAUUAUCGAGUGCUUCAUAAAUAAAAUAAAAAUUUAACAAAAAAGGAAAAGAAAAUAACCUCUGUAAAUAAAAUAAAUAUUGAGUCAGAAACCCAAUUUCAAAACCCCGUGAACGCCAAGAAAACCCAAAGAAACAAAUCGCUGUGUGUCGCUGUGUGUGUAUAGUUGAGGAUGAUACGAUCUCUACAGCAUGUCUUCAAAUUGGAACAACUCAUGUGAUGUGAUGCGUUCUUCAUAAUUUCUCUCUCCUUCUCUUUCUCUCUACAAACAGAAAUGCAGUGGUUAUAAUAUACACACCAACACGUCUCUCUUCCUUCAGAAAUGGACGAAGAAUUACAGAAAAGAAACACCGACUGCGUCUACUUCCUCGCUUCUCCUCUCACCUGCAAGAAGGGGCUUGAAUGUGAGUAUCGGCACAGUGAGAUUGUGAGGCUCAACCCAAGGGAUUGCUGGUACUGGUUGGCUGGGAGCUGUCUCAAUCCAACUUGUGCUUUUCGUCAUCCUCCACUGGAUGGGUGUACUGAGGCAUCUUCUGAAACUGCACAACCACAGCACGAGUGUUCCGUACCUGUGAACAAGACCAAUGUUCCCUGUUACUUUUUCUUCAAUGGGUUUUGUAAUAAAGGUGACAGAUGCUCUUUUCUACAUGGGCCUGAUGAUGGAACAUCUGCUUUGAAAUCCUUAAAGACGGGUUCCGCAGUCACCAAUGCACUUCCAUUGGAAAAUAAGACACUUGCUGGAAGUGACACAGGGUCAGCACCAAUAGAGACACAUCCUAAUUCGUGUGAAACUGCUCCCAAGAGAGUAGCAGAAAUACAGAUUAAGCCUACAGAGGAUCUCCAUGAAUCAGCUGCUGAAUUUGUCACGGAUAGAAGUGCUUCCCCACAUGUAUCAGCCUCUGAGUAUGAAGAAGCUGCAGCAGUUAGUUCAGACUCCUUGCUUCCAGCAGAAGGUUUUGUUAAGGACAAAUCUCCUAUAUUCAUGGAUCAGAGCUCAGAGGAGCAAAUGGAUGACCUUAUUGAGCGAGAGGAGUGGUUAGAAUCUUCCCCGGGUUUUGAUGUUCUUGUAAAUAAUAAAUCGGAGAACCUAGGUUAUGAAGAUGAUCUGGAGUACAUCGUGGCCCUUGAUGAGGAAGACAGGGAGCUCAGUAGUCAUUUCCCCGGGUUUGAUUAUGAAGACCAUGUUGAGUAUGAUCCUGCUUACCUAGAUGCAGGAACUUUGUUUGAACGAGAUAUAUGUGAUACUUAUGGCCACUUAGAUGAUGAGAAUACUUAUGGUUAUGUCUGCAAAAUUCCUAGGCGCUCAGGGGAAAGAAUGUUGGAUCCUAUUUUGCCUGGUAGGAGGAAAUUUUUUCCUACAGAUUUGGCCACUAACAGCCAGAGGGACAUGGAUCUUCGAGACCAUCUUAAGAAACGCAGAAUGAUUGAUGGUCAUCUAGUGACUGAUCUCUCAAGGAGGCAUGACUCAACUCGACUGACUGGUCGAAGCAGGGAAGGUCGACGGCAACGUGCACAACGACUGCAUGGAAGAUUGGCAUUAGAAGCAGAAAACAGAAUAAUUAGAUCACAUGUUAGGAGUGAAAUCCUGUUGAAUGGUGUUGACAAGCAAGGCAGGUUUAGGGAGACUCGUAUUAACAAGUCUAGGCAGCGCUCUAAAGAAAAGAGGAAGGCUGAACAGCAGUUUCUUUCAUCCGAAGCCUCAAGGAAGCAGCCUUUAAAGAAGAGAAGAUCUAUCAAGGAAUCUGGUGUGUUUGAAGGGCCUAAGACCCUUGCUGAAAUCAAAGAAGAGAAGAAGAAAGCCAGAGAAAAUGCGUAUUCCUACAGGGAAAUGGGGGAUUCAAGCAGAACUACAUUAGAAAACUUUCAGGGUCCUAAACCUCUGAGUGAAAUUCUCAAGGACAAAAGGGGAGUGGGUUCAGUAGUGGAGUAAUAAUGACAGUAUCUGGAAAACUUAGACUUGAGCCUAAACAGAAUUAUGACGAUGUAGCCAAAAACGAGAACAAGUUUUGCCGAAAAAGAUAAUGACGACGAAUGGUUUAAGAACCAACUCUUGUGAUCUUUUGUGUUCUUGUAUGCUGGGAUCUGGCCAUUUUCUAUUAAUACAGAAGACAACUUCGCUUCUUGUUACUAGUUACAAAACAUGAGGGCCUUGUCACCUUGAGAAGGUCACCAGCAUCCUGGAUUUUUUCAAGCUAUUUCCAGUUGCUCCUAAACACUCUCCUUACACAAUAAGCUUAAACUAUAAUAGGCUAGUAAUUGUCUUCUGCAUAUCUAGAUUUUUUGGGACUUGAUAUCAUUGCCAUGGUUAUGGAGCCAUUGAGCUUGUCUCGCUGUGUAGAGCUUGUCAUGAAAAUUUAUGUUCCGGUUGGUGCAUAUGUAUUGAAAAACCAUGCGAAACUGCUAUUGAUGGAUCUUUUGAGAUGGUUUUUUUUGCUCAGCAGUGAUUGCUGUUUUAACUCUCAUGAAUUGAAAAAGUUGAGAAAAUAUUUGCCUGGUAGUAUUUCUUUCUU